CACAUUGUCAGAAAGCACCCUGGUCGCACAAGCAUUAUCAUACUAGUGCUGAUUAGAGCACGGCUCAGUAAUUGUGCCUGUUGGCGCUAGUCUGUGGGGCAUAUAUGGGGACUCGAAACGGCAUUUGUACCUCUGUCCCUCCUACAGAGAAAAGAGAAUUCUCGACAAGAUGCACUCCUCCCUUCUUCUGGCUCUUUGGGCUUUUGUCUCGUUUGUCAUCUACAAAGCUGUUUCCUCAAUCGUUGCUUCGAGACGCCACGCCAACGCAGCUCGUCAACUUGGCUGCGAACCUCCGCAUCGCCUCAAAUGUGUUGAUCCCGUUGGCUUCCAGAAUGUAGCGAAGAUUCUCAAGGCAGACAAAGAAUGUCGCAUGCCAGCCUAUUUCAAAUCCUGCAUUGAUGAAAUCAGUGCAGAGAAAGGAAGACUUACGACAACCAUCGAACAGAAGAUCAUGGGCUCAACAUGUUUUUUCACAAUUGAACCAAAGAACAUCCAGGCAGUACUUGCUACGCAAUUCAAGGACUUCGGAAUGGGACAUGUCAGGAACAGCAAUUUUGGCGCACUAUUGGGAAGAGGAAUUUUUUCCUCCGAUGGGAAAGAAUGGGAGCACUCGCGUGCACUCCUCCGCCCCCAGUUUGCACGCGAUCAAGUCAGUGAUUUAGAGUUGGAAGAGCUACACAUGCAGAGUCUUAUGCAGGUCUUGCCCGUCAACAAAGAGGGCUGGACAAAUAUCGUUGAUAUCCAGCCUUUGUUUUUUCGUUUGACGCUCGAUUCCGCGACCGAAUUUCUGUUUGGCGAUAGUGUCGACUCCCAACUUUCGAGCCAACCAGGCUACAUCUCAAGCAAAGCUCCAAUGGCUGUUAGCGAGAAAGAGUUCGCUGUGUCGUUCGACCGCGCUCAAGCAGCGAUUGCUAAAGGUGCUCGUAUGGACAGCAUGUAUUGGCUUGCGCAUAACAAGGAGUUCAAAGAGCAUUGCAAUCGCUGCCACACCUUCAUUGAUCACUACGUCCAACUCGCGCUCUCCAAAGAGAAACUGGCUAUGCAGAAAACAUCCUCUGGGAAGGACAAGUACGUUUUCCUCGACGCGGUCGUGGAAUCGAGCCGCGACCCCAUCAUGCUACGCGACCAAAUGCUCAGUAUACUCCUCGCCGGACGCGAUACCACCGCCUCGCUGCUCUCUUUCGCGUUCAUGGUCUUCACACAACGCCCUGAUGUGUACGCCAAGCUACGUGCCGUCGUUCUUGAGGAAUUUGGCACCUACACUCAUCCUAAAGAUAUCAGUUUCUCGAGACUUAAGAGCUGCAACCAUCUUCAGUGGGUUAUCAACGAAACUCUUCGUCUCUAUCCGGUAGUACCAUACGACGGACGCCGAGCCCUUCGCGACACCACAAUCCCUACCGGUGGCGGACCCAGCGGUACGUCUCCCAUAUACGUCCGCAAAGGCCAGCAAGUCGACUACAGCGUGUAUGCUAUGCACAGACGUAAAGACCUUUGGGGCCCUGAUGCAGAUGAGUUCAAGCCUGAGCGAUGGGAUGGAAGGAAGUCCGGGUGGGAAUAUCUUCCAUUCAACGGCGGUCCCCGAAUCUGCAUUGGACAGCAAUUCGCGUUGACCGAAGCUGGAUAUGUGAUUGUUCGACUGUGCCAGAGAUUUGAGGCGAUAGAAGGUGUGGGCAAUAGUUGGGAGAAGGAAGAACAGGGUGGGCAGGGGCGCGUGAGGAUGUGGGUUACACUGACUGGUUGCCCGGCAGAUGGAGUGAAGGUGAGAAUGAAGGAGGCAAAGGAAUAGGGUUUCGUGCCACAUAACCAAGUUACGACCAUUCAAUGUGAAAGUACCCUGCUCGACCAACUUCCAUUUUGUGUGAUGUCGAGGGCGAGAAAUCAAUUGGUUGGAUCAAGACUGGCUUGUAAGUCUGGAGCGGUCGAGAUGGUUCAGCUAUAACAUGUGGCUGGCUGCAGGUGGCUAAUUUGAGUAUCAAGUUCCAGCUGAGAGUUGCCAGAGCAUCUUGUUGACGAUUCUUGUCAUACCCUUUUGAACUAACUGUCCUCUCUGAUCAUGUUUUUCUGUCAUUCCAGUCAGUCAUAGGUUGUCACCACAUAG